CAUCCCCUGCGCUACUUCUCUCUGUCAGUCCUCAACAUGUGCAGGUAGGACUGACUUCAGGGGGGAAUUUCAUGUCCGUGGUUCCUUCUGCUCCUGCAUCUCACCACUGCUCCUCGUUGCUGAGCCUGACUGUCUCCCGUCAAGGAGUGGAGUGAAACCAUGGCCUUCCACAGCUCUGGUUUGAAGAGGAAACAACUGUGGCGUCCAUCGAUGUCGGCGUGCUCCCCUGUCUGUAUGGCUCUACUGUCCCUGCUCCUCGCUCCAGCACUUGGACAACUAGACCUCAACCGACUAGAUGGUGAUACCGUCUGCCCACCGAUGAGAAGCGGACAAGAUGACCUUCCAGGUUUUGAUCUGAUCACCCAGUUCCAGCUGGACGUGAUCCCUCUGAAAGGCGUGAGGAAGGUGGACGGCUCCACUGCCCACCAGGUGGCCUACCGCCUGGACCGCGAGGCCAACUUCCAAAUUCCAACCAUCCUCAACUUCCCUCGAGGCUUCCCUGAAGAGUACUCCUUCAUGGUCACCUUCCGCAUGAUCAAGAACACAGUGAACAAGGUGUGGAACGUCUGGCAAGUAGUGGACGAAGACGGCAACAAACAAGCCGGAAUGAGGCUGAACGGCGACCAGCAGGCUCUGGAGUACUUCCUGAUGGGCGCUGAUGGCAACCUCCAGACCGUCACAUUCCCCGGUCUCUCUGUGCUCUUCAACACCAAGUGGCACAAAGUGAUGAUUGGCGUGGAGCGCGAGCAGGUCACUCUGUAUGUGGACUGCCAGCCUGUGGAUCAGAAGCCCAUCAAGGGCAAAGGCCCCAUCAACACAGAGGGAGACACUCUCAUUGGCAGGCUGGACGCUGAUCCCGACGCCUCCGUAGUGUUUGAACUCCAGUGGAUGUUGAUUCACUGUGACCCGAAGAGGGCCCAGAGAGAGAGCUGCAACGAGCUGCCUGCCACCGAGCCUGACAAAUCAGUCCCAGGCCCCCCAGGAGCCCCUGGCCCAGAGGGCCCCCGAGGAUCCCCAGGAGAAAACGGCAGAGAUGGAAGAGAUGGUCUUCCAGGUUCUCCUGGCAGUCCAGGCACUCCUGGCAGCAAAGGGGAGCAGGGCGAGAUCGGUCUUCCUGGACAGAGAGGCCUGCCUGGCCUUCCAGGAGCUAGUGGUCCUUCUGGCCCGAUGGGUCCCAGAGGGCCUGUAGGGGAGAGAGGACUUCCUGGCUUUCCUGGACCUGCAGGUCCUCCUGGCCCAGCAAGCGAAGGACCUCCUGGACCACCAGGGAAACCAGGUAUCCCAGGAGACGAAGGAAAUAUCGGGCCUGAGGGUCCACCUGGACCCAGAGGGACUGCUGGUAUUGCAGGGCCUCCUGGGCCUCCUGGUCCACCAGGGCCUGUGGGACCGCCUGGUGCCAGCAAUGAGGGAAGCGGGGAAGCUUGUCCUGCUGCCUGCCCUGCUGGACCACAGGGACUGGCUGGGCUGCCAGGGAUGAAGGGACACGCAGGUUUGCCUGGUGAGCCUGGAAAAGAUGGAAUACCUGGAGACAAGGGAGAAACCGGAGAGCAAGGUCUUCAGGGGCCACCAGGUCGCAUGGGAGAAGAUGGGCAAAGAGGGCCCAUUGGAUUCCCUGGAACUCCAGGAGAAAAGGGAGACAGAGGCUCUCCUGGUUUCAAUGGCGUGCCAGGACCUACCGGCCCACCUGGAGCUCCUGGCGUAGAGGGUAUCCGUGGACGUCAGGGUUUGGACGGAGCCAAGGGCGAUGAUGGAGCAGUGGGACCUCAAGGAGAGCGGGGUCCUGCAGGGGAAAAAGGAGACGUUGGAGAGCCUGGGAAAGAUGGAGUGAAUGGACUUCCUGGAGCUGAUGGAGCCAAGGGAGAGGCUGGUACACCUGGAGGUAUUGGUGUCAGAGGGAUUGUGGGUAUUCCAGGGCUGCCAGGGAAGCAGGGAGUAGUUGGACCCGCUGGUGCAAAGGGAGAUACUGGUGCUGAGGGACCCAUCGGGCCGGUUGGACUUCCUGGAAAGACUGGCGAGUCUGGAAAAGAUGGAGAGGAUGGGAAACCAGGAGAUAAAGGAGCAACUGGUGAAACAGGAAAACAAGGGCCAGUUGGGCCUGCAGGUCCUCCAGGCAUCCAGGGUGACAAAGGAGACAGAGGUAGCACUGGUGCCAAAGGACUGAAGGGUCACACUGGACACAAAGGUGAUCAGGGGCCUAUGGGACCAAUGGGACCUAAAGGAAGUCAGGGGGACACGGGUAUGGCAGGAGAUCCUGGAGUCAAAGGAGACCAGGGCCCUCCUGGUGUUACUGGAAUCAAAGGAGAGCGAGGAGAGAAGGGCCAAAGAGGAGCUACAGGAGAUGAGGGCAGACCAGGCCAGCCGGGCCAUGAGGGUUUGGCCGGUCCGAUCGGAGCAAGAGGGCUGGAGGGAGAACCAGGCGUUCCUGGACCACCAGGUCCCAGAGGUCAACCUGGCCCGAAAGUGACUGAUGAGAAGCUUCGGGAAAUGUGCUCAGCCGUUGUUGAAGAACAAUUAGCAGAGUUUAUGAAAGAGUUUCUGAAGAGGCCAGCAGCCAUCGGUGCCCCUGGUACUCCUGGACCGGCGGGACCUCCCGGCGCCCCUGGACCAGCUGGAGUGGCAGGAGCAGCAGGGGCUCCGGGGCCGGCGGGUCCCAAAGGUCAUCCAGGCUUCUUUGGACUUCCAGGCGCACCAGGCAUGAAAGGUGAUGCCGGGGAAAAAGGAGCAAAGGGAGACAAGGGAGAGGACGGUGUAGGAAUCAAAGGAAGCCCAGGCGCACCAGGUGCAGCAGGUGCACAAGGUCCUCCCGGCAUAGGCAAGGAUGGCAAAAAUGGGGAACGUGGUGACACAGGAAGUCCUGGUGCCCCAGGAGCAGCUGGUCCAAGGGGACCUUCAGGGCCACCCGGGCUAUGCGACCCAUCGACCUGUAUAGGCAGACUCCCACCUUUCUACAUGGUCAGUGGAAAGAAGUCUGCCGGUUACAAAAACCCAUGAGACAUCACAGCUCAUUGACACACCCCAGAUCUCAUCCUGCAGUGACCACGUUCACGGGCUUCUCAGGAGUCCAGGGCAUGGUGACCUUUGGGAGUCCUUAAAUGUGUCCAUCUGAACCACAGAUCUAAGAGACGCGAAGGGAAACAGAGACAAGGCACAAUUGUAGAAUACUGUAUAGAUGUUUUAACUUGUAUGUGAUUUUAGCUUAUCUGAUGUUCAAAGAUAGCUGCUACUGAUGCCAAAGCAACUUCUUCCAGCCGACGACAGGCACGCAUGCCCUUGAGUUGUCCCACAUGAAUCCAUGCGAUUACAACUGCUGAUUACAGGUGCUGAUCUCCUCUUAUGCAUGUACUUUAUCAUUCCUUGAAUAAGCUCCCCGAAAAAGAUGCUUCUACUCUUUUAGCUCCAUAAAACCUACAGCGUAGCAGACGCCAUUUUGACCCGCUGAUUAUCCACUGCAGUCAUGAGCCAGAUAGAAACACAAUCAGUUAAAGGGGGAUGUUUUGAGUUUUUGCUUCCGAAACAAAAUUACAUUAACAUUUACAAAAGUCACUACAAGUGCAGACCUGAGCUGACAUCUCCAACAAUGUGCUUUUUCAUUUAGGACCAUUUGUUUUUCCUGAUUUUGUCAUGUUAAUGUUUCAAACAAUGUAAUAAAGUGAUAUGUUUUGGAAGUGUUGCA